UAUUCCCCUUUAUAUGUGGAAAAACAUCCCAAAAACACAAUUGCAUUAUCAUUUCUACAAAGUUGUAAGUAAAAUGUUGGCAUCAAUAAUCAAGAACAAAACUAUAUUAGUUUGUUAAUAAUAGGAUUAAGAGAUAAGAAAUGGCGGGGUUAUUUGAUAAGCAGGCAGAUUUAUAUGUGGAAGGAAGGCCAGAUUACCCAAAAGAAUGGUUUUCUUGGUUGGCUGAUCGAACCCCUAAACACUCCAUAGCUUGGGAUGUCGGUACCGGCAACGGCCAAGCUGCCAUUGCUGUUGCUGAGCAUUACAAUCAAGUGAUAGCCACAGACAUAAGUGAGCCUCAAAUAAACCGGGCCGUGCACCAUCCUCGGGUCAAGUACCUCCACACACCACCGGGUCUCACUAACGAUGAACUCAUAUCCUUAAUUGGACCCGAAAACUCAGUCGAUUUAAUCACAGUAGCCGAAGCAAUCCACUGGUUCGAUCUUCCAAACUUCUACUCUAUAGUGAACCGGUUAUUAAAAAAACCGGGAGGAAUUAUCGCGGUCUGGUGUUAUAACGACGUAACCGUGAGUCCUGUAUUUGACCCGGUAAUGAAACAAUUUCAUAACACGACCCUACCGUAUUGGGAUCCGAAGGUCCAAUACGUGUUUGACGGGUACAAAACGUUACCAUUUCCCUUUGAAGAGGUUGGGCUUGGGUGUGAGGGGAGGCCCAUGAAAUUGGACAUUCCCAAAACGGUGUCGUUUGAGGGGUUUUUGGCAAUGUUGAAGUCUUGGUCAGCUGUUGCAAUGGCUAAGGAAAAGGGUGUGGAUUUGUUGGAUGAAAGAGUGGUGAAGGAGUUGAUUAAUGCAUGGGGUGGAUCACACGUGAUUAAGCAUGUGGUGUAUAAGGCUUUUAUGCUUGUUGGGAAAUUAAAGUUAGGGUUUGAUUUGUGAUCAAAUAAAUGAAGAUAAUAAGUUUGAUCAGUACGUGGAGACAAUAGGUUUGCAUGGUGUUAUUGUAUUAUCGAAAUUCUUAAGUAACAAAUGAUAAGUUUGAUCACUAACAUGGACCUCAUAGGUUUUUAUGGUGUUAUUGUAUGAUCAAAUUAAUAAUAAGUUUGAUCACUACAUGGAUAUCAUAGACAUUUAUGGUGUUAUUGUAUUUUCGAAAUUCUUAAGUAACAAA